CGUGAGUCACAGGAGCUUGUGCGAGACACCAGCUCUCUCCCUGCUCCAGCUCCCUCCCUCCCUCCCUGCUCCAGCUCCCGCUCCUUUUCUGUGCCUGUCCUGCUCAGGGCCUCUGACAUUGCUGUGCUGUCCAAGCUCAGAGAUGAGGCAGCUGCAGGGAAGGGGCUGACGCAUGCACUGCAUCCAUCAAGACUCAAUUCCAGCUUCCACCAUGGCCUUCCAGCCUCAGCCCCUGCACCCUCCAUUUCCCUGCACCCCCUCCAAUGGCAGUAGGGAUGAUGGGGCUGGGCAGCUGUCUGGUGGCCCUGAGUCAGGUGACACUCGCCCAAAACCUCCGGUCAGGCCUAAACCCCGCAUGCUGCCCAAGCCAGCUGUGCCAGUGAAGCCCUGUACCCCAUUGCUGUCCCUUGGGGUGCGAAACACCCGUACCGAGCUGCCUUCUGCUGAGAAGAUCAACCGCUUGGCAGGUCCUAAGCCAUACAGUGCUGGGUUCAGCAGUGUUGUUAAGCGCCCCGCUUUCAGCCUCAAGAGCUCCAUGGGAGAGGCCACCAAUGGGAAAAGGGGUUCUUCUCCCACACCUGGUGCCGGGGUUCUGGCUUCAGCAGUGCUCACAGCUGAAGAUUUGCCUUGCGUACCAAGGGAGGAAGGAAGGUCUUCUCCCGUGAUGCCGCAGGCUGUGGGACUCCUGGGGACCCGCAAAAUGACCUCUCCCUUCAAGGUGAAACCAGUGCCAGUGGCAACCAAGCCAGAGCGCUUCCCUGGCACCACAGUGGAGGAGAUCCUAGCCAAGAUGGACCAACCUCGUAAGGAGGGGCCGCUCAGCCCUGACAGGGCUUGGGCCCUGCGUUCUUUCAGCUCUGACAGUGGCUCCUACUUCACACCUAAGGGCUUCACUGCCUUUUGGAGACGUGCCAGCAGUGAGGAGGUGGGCGAGAGUGACACCACCUUCAUUUUUGAAGCUUCCAGGGACUUCCUGCCUCCUGAAGCUCUGGAGAGCAAAGAGCCUCCCAGGAAUGAGUUGGGCUCCCUUCCCUCUUCCUCCUGCCCAUGCCCAAGUUCUAAUGGACAGCACUUGCUCGAGCCCCCAGGUGGAGCAGCAGAGAGCGACUCUGACACCGUGCCUACGACAAGAGCCUCCCCAGCCAGCACCAGCUGUGAUGGAGAUUCAUCGGGACACAGAAGGCUGCUGUCCACCCCUGGUGUCUCCCUUCUGCAGAUCUGCUCAGUCCCUGCUGCUGCUGUUGAGCUCCCUGACCAAACAGCCCCUGGCUCUCCUAGUGUUUCUGCCAACCCCUUUCAGGCCCCAGGGCCCCCCUAUAUCUCUCAUGAACUCCUGGCCCAAGCACUGGGCUUCCCUGAUGCCCUUGCUGAACUCCCAUCCCCAGGUGUGCCUGGCAUCCCUGCCAGUGUCACUCCUGGGUCCCCUGGCACCCCUUCUGAGCUUCAGGUGAAGAUUUCUGUUAGUCUUGCCCAGGCCCCAGGUGCCCCUGAUGCUGCAGCUGAGACCUGUCCUGGGGUAUCCCAUUUACUAGGGUCACCUGAGGGUCCUGGUGAGACAUCUCCAGGCAGCAACAGUCCCCCAGCACCAGGAACCCCCGACACCCCCUCUGAACUCCUCCCCAAGGUCACCUCCUCUCCAGGGUCCCCUGAAGCUCCUUUCCAGUCUCUAACCACCUCCAGUCUAGCUCAGGAGCUCCCCAGAGUCUCCCAGUCCCCAGGAUCCCCAGAGGCACCCACCCAGUCCCCAGGGUCCCCUGAUAGCUUGCCAUAUCCUGAACGCAGCUCCCCUCCACUCUCUGGGGACACCAAGCCAUACACAGGCCCUGUGGAGUUGUCCCUGCCUGAUGGUGAGAGGAGGGUCCAGCCCCUGCAGUUGGGGCUCCGGCGCUCCUCGGAAGGGAUAGUGCAGCCGUCUGCCAAGGGGCUGGGCAUGGAAGAACUGGGAGGCUCAUUGGCUGCCUUGUCCCAGGGAAGGGGUCCUCCCUCAGAGCAGUCCUUGGGAGGCAAGUCAAAUUGGAGCCUGUCGCAGUCAUUUGAGUGGGCCUUCCCCUCCCGGGCUCCUGAGUUGGGGGUGAGGAAAAUGGAGUCAUCUCCCAGGUCCCCCAUCAAAGAGGCCAGUGAUUCCAGCAUCUCUGAGGGAGGGGAAUUGGAUGGGGAAGGUUUGGUCCAUCCUGGUACAGCCCCAAGCCCUGAAGGGUCUGGCAUGGGAGCAGAAGAAUUGAGGCAAGGAGACCCCAGCACUGAACUGGGGAGUGAGAGAGGAGAUCAGCCUGAUGCUGGUAGACAUACUGGGAGCACAGAGGCCCCCAGUGAGGUGGGAGAGUUCAAGGCAGAGGAGUCUGGGAGCAGGGAAAUGGUAGCUGGGAAAGCAGGGGAGGCAGAGGCCACGUGUCCUGGUGGCCCCACAGCACAAAGGGAGCUAGCUGUAGCUGUAGCUGAGCCGAAGGGCCCUGGGGCAGAGGGGGACACUCUUCAGGAGGAGCAGGGCACACUGUCGGUCCAUUCUGCUCUUCAUCUGACAGAGCCACUCCAAGCUCUAGAGCAGGCUGAGCCCUCUACACAGCCCUGUGUCCUCUUCUCUGAUACUGCUCACCUGGACAAGGCUGCCUUUUCCUGGGAGGAUGACUCAACACUGGGCCUAGCCCAAGCAGGGCCUGCCCUUGAGAGCAUGGAGGGUGCAAGGCUGGAGCCAGGAGAGGGAGAUGCCGACCUGCUGGGGGGUUCUGAGUCCCACUCUGAUCCGUGCUGGCUGGAGGAGCUGCUGGCGUCACCCCCACCCAGUGCUGAUGACACUAAGAGGAAGGUGGUGCCCACACCUGGAGACUCUGAGGGGUCUGAGGGUCUCCUUGGCUGGUCGCGGAAGGACCUGCACAGUGAGUUUGGCAUUGGAGAGGCCCGCCAGGUCAGUGACUUCGACUGGGCCAGUGAGCCUGGCUCUGGGAAGAGAGACUGGCCCAGUGGGUAUGGAGCAAGCGAGACUGAACAGGAUCGGGCUUUUGGCACCAGUAAACGCGACUGGGCCAGUGCAUACAGCAUUAGUGAAGCUGAUCGGCAGGAUGGGGUGUUUGGUGUCAACAGGAAGGAGUGGGCCAGUGAGUACAAAGGGACAGAGGUAAUGGGGGAUUCCAGCACUGGGCACAGAGACUGGCCUGACACUUAUGGCCUUGGGGAUGGCCAGCAUCAGGAUGGAGACUUGAGCACUUCCAAGCCAGACUGGACCAGUCAGUACAGCAUUGGCAGCACUGACAGCCAGAGUAUGGAAUUUGGCACCGGGAAGCCAGACUGGACCAGCAGCUAUGGUAUUGCAAGUGGUAACCAGCAAGACGAGGAGUUCAGUUCUGGUAAGCCAAGUUGGACCAGUGAGUAUGGUGUGCAUGAUAUCGGCCAGCAGGACAAGGACUUUGAUGUUGGGAAGUCAGGCUGGACCAGUGAGUAUGCCAUGGGUGACACCAGCCAGCAGGACAAGGAGUUCAGUCCCAGCAAGCCAGCAUGGACCAGUGAGUACAGUGAGAGUGAUGCCAGCCAGCAGGACAAGGAGUUCAGUCCCAGCAAGCCAAGUUGGACUAGUGAGUACGGUGUGGGUGACAGCAGCCAGCAGGGCAAGGAGUUCAGUCCCAGCAAGCCAAGUUGGACUAGUGAGUAUGGUGCGGGUGACACCAGUCAGCAGGACAAGGAGUUCAGUCCCAGCAAGUCAAGUUGGACUAGUGAGUAUGGUGUGGGUGACACCAGCCAGCAGGACAAGGACUUUGGUGUUGGGAAGUCUGGUUGGAAUGGUGACUACGGUGUGGGCAACACUGAACAAAAGGAGAGGGAGUUUUGUACUGGAAAUCAGGAUUGGGCCAGCGAAUAUGGCCUUAGCUGUACAGACCAGGAGAGUGCCUUUUGCAGUGGAAGCAAAGACCAGUCUAGCAUUGGGGAUUCUUGUUGCCUAGGUCGAGAGCCCAGUGCUGAGAAAUCUGGUUGGAGUGGCUCUAAUCUCCAGGAGAACAAGUCUGCCACUAGUAGCAGAGACUGGGCUGUUGAAUUCAGUGUUGGAGGGGCUGAGCACCAGAACCAGUUUGGCAUCAUAGGGACGGACAGGGACAGCAGCAUUGGUUUAAGCACUUUGAAUCCAUCCAGCUCAGCUGGGACUGUUGGUCCAGCAGAGCUCAGAGACAGCCAGUCUGAUUGGGUUGGUGAAGAGGGGAUUGCAGGCCCAGCGAUGUCCCAAGAGACUGGAACAGGCCAGUCUGACUGGGCCCAGGAUCUUGGCCUUAGACGCCUGGAUAUUUCCAGCAGCUGGGGAGCUGUGGGUUCUGAUGACUGCACAGAGGGUGAAGUGGGACGGACAGACUGGGUCCAGGACCUUGGCACGAGCAGCCAGAAUCCCUCUGAUGGCCAGAGGCCUGAAGGCUUUGAUAUGUGCAGAGAGGAGCAGCUGGACUGGGCCCAGGACUUGAGCCCUAUAUUUGGCAUAGGGAACACAGUUACUUUCAGCAGCUCACAGGCCAAGGGCCUGGACAACACCAGUGAGCCUGGAGCGGAACGAACAGAUGAGGCUGGUGACAGUGGGAGCGAUGUCAUGGAGCAAAGCCCUGACCUCAGCCUGCACAUUGAGGAGCCGAGCAUAGAAGAUGGUGGAGACUCGGAGGAUGGGGAAUGCUGCUGCUGCUGCGAGGCAUCUGUGGGGAAGUUCUUCCCUGGGCCUUCUGCUGCGGAUGUGGAGGACCAUCUUGUGCUCACUCAGUCACGAGGACCUGUAGGCUCACGACUUUCUGGCCCCAGCUUGCUGCUGGAGGAAAUACUGGCCAACGGCUCUGUCCAGGCGGCCCAGCAGGAGAGACCUGCCUCACCACAGACCAGCCACAUGGGAGAGGAGCGGGGCCUGAGCAACACUGCCAAUGACCAGGCAUUGGAGGUUGAUGGCCCUGACCAGGCUGCUGGGCCCCCCCAGCCUGAUGAUGCUGAUGGGAGCUGCCUACCAAAGCAAGUGAAGAGGCUGAGCCAGCCAGAGUGCAGGGGGAGCCCAACCGAGAGGCGUCAGCCUUCCCAGGGUCUGCUCCCAGCACAGGACUUCUCUUUUCUGGAGGAUGCAGAAGUUCUCGACAGCACUGUGUCCCGAAGCAAAGCCAACCUGGGUCGCAAGCGAGGGCACCGGGCGCCCGCCAUCCGCCCUGGGGCUACGCUGGGGCUGUCAGAGAUGGAGGGGGACAGCUGGAUGUUCCAGGACUCCACAGAGCCUAGAACAACAUGUAUGGCCUCCUCAGAUGAGGAGGCAGCAGAGGAGCCAAAGAGCAGGCGCGCACGGCCAUCACCAGCCUCUAAGGGGGCGAAGGUGUCUCUGUUCCCAGGCCUGAAUCCAUCGGCCAUCAAGGCCAAACUGAGGGGCCGGAACCGCUCUGCCGAGGAGGGGGCCCAGCCAGGGGAGGGCAAGCCAGCUUCAUCCAAGGAGCUCCACAUGCAGCGCUCCAAGUCCUGCAAGGUCCCUGGCCUGGCUGGGAAGCCCCCUGCACUACCCCCCAAGCCAGAGAAAUCCUCAGGGUCUGAAACCUCCUCGCCCCACUGGCUGCAAGCGCUAAGGCUGAAAAAGAAAAAAUCCUGAAACAGAACAUGCAAGCGUCUUUUGUCUGCUGCUGGGGCUUGGACAGCUCACGCACCAAAGAGGCUCAUGUGGGCAUGGGGAAUGGGACAGCACAACCUUCGCAGCCCCCCUCCCCCCGCCAUCCAUGUGCUGUUGAGAUGCACAGUGAGGGCUGGGGCAGGGCAGGCACACCUAUGCACUUUGUAUCACACUUGAGAGCUGCUGGGUCCCUUUGCUGCCUCCCGCAAGCCGGCCGCUUCCUCUCGCUGCCCUUUCCUACCACCGGCCUCUUGUUAUAAAGCAUCUGGUUUUUGUAAUCAGUGAAGGGGCCCAGCCCUGUCCCUUCUGGCCCGCUUUCCCACUGAGUUGGGGCAGGGUGGGACCUGGGGUUGGAGCUUGUACUCUCUUCCUCUCUGCUGCCCUAUUACAUAUUUCACACACAGAGCAAUGAAUUAUGUUGGUGCCACUUGAUGAGACAAUAAAAUCUUUCUGAUAACGGAAA